AUGGAUCAAAGUAUUCGAUAAUCUGCUGCUAAUGAUAUGGACAUCAUGCAAGCAAUCCUUUAAGCUAAUUAGAAUAUGCAAGCACAGAGCAUGAUUAGAGGAGAUCAUGAAUAUGCUGUGAGAUAGUCAGAUGCAAUGAAUUUAGAUGCAGAUGAUGCACUUUUCCUUUAAAACUAAAGCAUGAAUCAGUCUUUGGGGUUGAACCAAUUAGGAUCAUCUUUAUUAUAGUAUAACAACCACUCUACCAACUAAAUAAAUCCUGCCUUUGCUAGUGUAAUGAGGAAUACAGUGCAUAACUUUAACUUCCAGCAGAACAGCAGCAAUAAUAAUAACGAUAUCUUCGACCAUAUUAUUGGAAACAACAGCAGUUAAAUCAAGAGAAACUAGUCUAUUCCUAACGAGCCUAAUGCUCCACUUUUUUGUUCCUUGCAUGGAAGGCCUCUUGAAUUCUUCUGUUUUGAUGACAAAUAGAGAAUAUGCUAAGAUUGUGUUAAGAAUUAGCAUAAGACUCAUAGAUUUAACUUCAUCAAUGUCUGCGCUACCAUCAACAAAGAGUUACUUGAUCUGCUAAAAUCUAAGUCAUUGGAGCUUCAACUAGAUAGGAAAAUUAUGUAGAAAGAUACUGUUCUCAAAUUCAAAAAGAUGAUAAGGGAAGAAGUUCUAAAAAUGAAGGAUGAAUCUAAAUAGGCUCUAGAGGAUGCAUGCUCUCGUAUACUCCAAUAAAUAAACAGAGGAGAGCUCAGAAACAUUGAGAGGGAAGUAGAACUGUUUUAGUCAUUUUUCUUUCAUAAGAUUCAAAACUUCAACUACAGAAUUAGAUAGGCUACUGAUUAAAUAUCUAAAUCUUUGAAAGAAGAGAAGUACUUGGAAGUGAUGCUAGAAAAGGAUAAAAUUGAGAGCUUUGAUCAAGAACUGUAGCUUUUAGGGGAUUAAAUAAAGUAAAAGAAAGAAUAUUUCAAGACUAUGCUAGUGAAGCUCCAAAAUCAACUAGACUUGAGUAGUUUCUAGCAAGUAAGAGAGAGAGCAGAGAUGGCAUAAAGAAGUCUUGAGUUAUUCUCUAAAGAAAAUAGAAUAGCUGUAUUUGUCCCUAAUAAAAAGCAAAUAAUCAUGCAUGAUUUGAAGUAUUUCACAUAAAAGACUCUUAACAUACAAGAAAUGGAGCAUACCUUUGGAAACUUCAGCACAAUCCUGUAAAGUUCACUAAAUAGUAGAAUUUAUGUGUGUGGUGGAAAAUAAAGAAAGAAGCUCUUUGAAUAUGAUGAGAGAAAUGGAGUAUUGAUUGAGAAAUCUGAGAUGCAUUAUGGAAGGUCCAAUCAUGCUUUUGUUGAAGUUACUUUGACUGGAGAAUUGAUUGCAAUAGGAGGUUGGGAUGGAGAGAAAUCUAUGAGUUAAGCAGAGGGCUUUGCAAUGAAUGGCAAUUCAUGGAGACAUCUCCCAAGAUUGGUUGAGGAAAGACAUUCGCUCAGUGCCUGUAGAUUAGGAGAUUCAUUUGUUUAUGCUAUCGGUGGUAGUUCUGCUAUCAAUUACGGAUCAUCUCUAAGUACCAUAGAGAGACUUAACUUUGCCUCACCUCACUUUGAAGGAGCUUCUCAUUGGGAACUGAUAUUUUUGUUUGGAUAAUAUUGUGAUGCAAAGAGGAGUCAGCUAGGUAGCGUGGCUUUGACUGAUUCAACUAUAAUGCUAUUUGGUGGUUUUAUGGAUACAGAUUUGACUAACAUGUGUUUCAAGGUAGAUACCAAUACUUUUGAAAUCACCAAGAUGGAUUGCGUAAUGAAAAAGAGCAAAAAAUUCAUUAAAUUUAAGGACUAUACAAUCAAAAUCAACCCUCAGUAGUAUUAAGGCUUCAAUCAAGGAGCUGGUAGCAAUAUCACUAAUCGAAGAUAAGUAGCUGGGAAUUUAGUUUUAGGAGGGGAGCAGAACCUAAUUAAUGAUUAAAGUCAGGGCUUUGUUUAUAUUGUUGAUGAUGAGAAUGAGAUUCAUUAAUAUGAUAUCACUAGAAAUCAGUGGUUUAUUGUCGAAACCAACAGAGAGAACUGA